AUGAGGAUACCGGAGAGCUGGGUCUAUGCCCGACCGCGUUAUCUUCUUCAGAACCCCACCGCGAUUCUCAAGAAGACUGAUCCUUUGAGCAAAAUGGAACGGAACUUGGCUAACCUCACCCACCUUAUGGUGUUGUCUUCAGAACCCAAGCCGCGUCCCCGUUACCGAGAACAGCCCGCUGAUGGCAAAUGGGGGUCGGAUACCCAAGGUACCUACCAGUUGAAGCGGGACGGUACGAGAUGGUACAAUUAUCGUUCUACUCAGAUGUGUGUGCUAAAGGGCGACCUCUUCAUGCGUUCCGUCAAGAAGAACCGGACGACCUACUCGACGAGCAUCUUUGAGAUCGACCGAUUUAUCCAACAGAAACGAGUCAUUGAUGACCCCGCUUGGGAACCGCUUCCCCGCGACGAAAAAGAGCUCCGCGAAGAAGCUCUCCGGACAGUGCCGUCCGAAUACCACGAUGAAAUCGAAGUCUUCAGCAAAUACAACUCCAACACGCUACCUGAGCAUUGA